AUCUAAAAUCAUUAACAUAAUUCUACCCAUCCCAUUUACUCAGGUCCUCGUCUACCAACCACCCAUUCAUCUCUUUCUUCAACCUCUUCAUCCCUCCUCCCUCACGAGUCACGACCACCGCCCCUCCCACCACAAUUCUCUCUCCUCCUUUACGACCACCUUCCAUCCCACCACCGUCUUUCUCCUCCCUAAGAUCACGGCCCUUAGCUCCCACCACCGACGAACGAUCCUCUUCAUCUCUCCUCCCUCACAAGUUUCAGUUGAAGAUGAUGUGCGAUUAUUCUGGGUUUUGUUCGAAUAUUCUGGGUUUUGUUCGAUUUUCUGGGUUUUGAUUUCGAUUUUUUGGGUUUUGAUUUCGAUUUUCUGGAUUUUGAUUUCAAUUUUCUGGGUUUUGAUUUCGAUUUUCUGGGUUUGAUUUCGAUUGAAGGUGAUGAUGAUGGUCGGAUUUCUGGGUUAGGGUUUUAGGGCGUGGGUUUUGGGUUUUAUUGAAGGUGAUGAUGGUAACGAUUUCUGGGUUAGGGUUCUAGGGCGUGGGUUUUGGGUUUUUGAAAGUGAUGAUGGUGACGAUUUCUGGGUUAGGGUUCUAGGGCGUGGGUUUUAGGUAUUUUGGGUGACAAUUUCUGGGUUUUUGGGUUUGGGAUUUCUGGGUUUUUAGGUUAGGGAGGGGGCUGCCGGAAAAAGGAGGGAAAGACGGGGGAGGGGGCUGCCGAAAAAGGGAGGGGUAGACGAAUGAGGGGGCUGCCGAAAAAGGGUGGAGUUGCCGGAAAGUUGCUAUCAUGGAUGAAGGUGGAGGGGAAGAGGGCAGCCAUGAAUGAAGGUAGAGGGGAAGGGGAAGACAGCCAUUAAUUAGACACUCUCUCCUCCUAAUCACAUGAAUAAAAUACACUAAUUAUAAUUAUCAAAUUUUGUCUCGUGAACCGCACUCCCUCUGAAAGUUGCAGAUAAUAAAGACCGGAGGUAGUAAUUCAAAACCUCACUCCCUCGGCUCCUACCCAACUCUACACUCUCACUAGUGCACUUCUUUCAAAGCCAGACCACCCUGCCGCGACUCCCACCACCGCCUCCUCCGCCACGACCACUAUCUAUUAAACACUUCUUUCUCUUUUUAUGGAGAAUAUUCUGAAGAAAUAUCAACAGAAAUUCAAGAAAGUUCGAGAAGAAAUGGAUCACUGGGAAGACCUUCAAUCCCGGUUACUUUCUCAGUUUUCUAAUGCUUCUUCAGUUAUUGGAAGAAUUGAGGUGAUUGGAAAUAAGAGGAAUUAUGGUGGUUUGAAGGGUGUUGAUGGGAUUGAAGAUGCAGUUUUGCAGAAGCAAAUGGAGUCUUUGGAGACAAUUUUGCUCUCACUUAAGAAGACUAUGUUGGAUUUCCACAGUAUUGUACUGUCACUGGAAAAGAUGGUCAGAGACAGUAGGCAGCUUGUUGGAAGAGGAUCUCAUGUGCUUUCCACUAAACAACUGCAGCAAAGGGUGGGAAUUAAACCAAGUCUUUCAGAUUGCUUGGAUGGGCUUGCUAUUUUGCAGGAGAUGCACAGCUCUGAGUACCGCCUUAAAUCAUCAGUGGUUUCUGCACUCUUGAGUAUUGCUUUAAAGCCCAGUUCCAAAGAUUUGGGAGCAUUGCGUCAGCUUUUGUUCGAUCAGCCAAAUAUUCCGAGAGAUGAAGUGCAGUUAAUCUAUGACAUCAUAUUCGCCGAAGACAUUUCUUGAGGUAGAGAUUGGUCAUCUGUCAUAUGAAGCUGGAAUUUUGUAAAAGUGCUGUUCAGCCUUGAUCAACAGGACUUCAGUCAUUUAAAGCUUGAUCUCUGUGACAUGGUUGGCGGGGUUAUGGCAUCACAGUACUCCCUGACUGAAGGUUAUCUAAUGAGGAUGCAUCUCAGUAUCACAUGUAACUGCAGGUUUCCUGUGCAGAUGAUAUUCAGGAUAAUACUGAAGCCCUUUAGCCUAUCUGGUGUUUUAUUUAUAUUAUUAUUUAUACAAAGUAUAUAUUAUUCUGGGAAAAAUCCCAGGUGACCAGAAAAAGUCAGCUUGUAUGCAAUAUAUUGUGUACCAGUAAUCCAAUGUUUCUAUGAUCAUUUGCAUCGAUUAUUAUUUUGUGAA